AUGGAGAUCAUCGGAGCCAACCCUUCUACGUCAGAAGCUGCUGUUGUGGACCAUCGCUGCUGUUCGUCGGGCAAUUGUGAUCGCCACCUCUCUUCUCUCUUUCUUGCUGCCGGCGUUACCACGUUUCACGGUGGUCUCUUCUCAGUCACGACCACCGCUGCCAUUUGGCUCGGUUCUGUUACUCAAGUUGUUGUUCCAUCCACUACAACUACCACCAUCUCGCGCCAUCUCUGCUUCUUCUGUUUCACAAUCAUGGGAUUGUCCAGUUGCCGCCUCCCUCCGACAGUGAGGUUGCUGCUCUGUGGGUAUAUGAGUCCCAAUGUGCGGGUGUUAGUCUCAACCCAUGUUGCAUGUGAGGAUGUGUUUAUAUGGCCGAAAAACAGAGAAGAUAACCACCAUGGCCACCAACCAUGGUGGCUACCGCCAUGUACCACCGCCGGCCACCAGUGGGUGGCUGUGUGUAUGUUUAUGUUAGUUAGUAUGUGUGGUUAUUUUAGGAUUAAAGCAUUGUAA